AUGGGUAAAAGAUAAAUAGAUAUAAACCCCUUACUCCACUAUUGAUCAAAUGACAUUAUUAAAAAUUUCCUAAAAUAUGGAAAACGAACACCAUCUUAAUCUUAAUUAUACUUAUAAAAAAGUUCAUUGUAAUUCAUGAAGGACUAACCCCACUACUAACACUUCCCCGCUUGCUUGCCAGUUCCGUUUCAUGACAUCGCAAGGCUCUUCCUGCAGGAAGAGAGCCUGACUCACUAGCCGGCAGUUGGAUGAAUUGUGCAAUCACACCGCGCGUCAACAAAAGUUGCCUACAUGCUAAUUCAAAAUGUCGAAUUUUCUUGUCGGUUCUCGACCAAAAUGGAAAUCUGAAGCCCAGGCACAACUGAUUUCACGCAGGAAGAUAGUUCCGAUUAGCCAAAAAAUGACUUCUGGCAGUGCUGGAUAUCCCUUUCCAACUCUCAGCUCCAUUCUCCUCUGAGGCGAAACCUGGAUUUGGAGUAAAGCAUAGGCUGACUACACGAUCAAGCCAGGAAAACCUGGCCAGAUACACGCUCCGAACGCCAUCCUCCUUCCUCAAGAUACUUGUACUCUGCUAAACCAAAUCAACUCCAAGUGUUAAGAGUGUGUCUGGUUCGCCACACCAUUUAAUGUAUAUGGAAAAUUAAUCCCAAACUAAUCAAACAGUUUCAUGUAGUCAAACAUAAAACCCACUACUCGCCUGCUUAAAAUUAGCUACCUAAGUAAUGGAUAUUAGCUUAUAUAUAAUAUCAUUAUCUUUAAGUAAUCAUAACGCUGAUUUCUAGAAUGUUUACUAAUAUAUUGCAUACUCUAUCUCUAAUGGUUAGCGCAUAAGAUGUUUUAUUUGGAAAAAUUUUUAGUAUUAUAUUUAUUUUUUUAACGCCAUCCUUGAUCGAGCGAUUGUGAUAGGCUCAAUCAAUCAUUGGGCUGAGUGAGAAUUCUUAAUAGAAGAAUUGAGUACUGACGAAACCUAUGUCAAAGUAAACGCUAUUCACCGACUUCAAAUAAUAGCUACUAUUCUAGGUCCUGAAAAAACUAAAACCGAGCUUCUUCCUUAUUUAGCAAGUAAUGUUUAUCUAGCUUUAACACACUUAGAAGACGAAGUUCUUUUUGCUUUAGCCCAAGAAUUAGGUGAAUUUCAUCCAUUUUUGCCUGGAGAAGCAAGUUCUUUAUUGCCUUUACUCGAAGCUUUAGCAGCACUUGAUGAAACAUUGAUUAGAGAGCAAGCUGUGAAAUCUCUUAUAAUAAUAUCAGAUAUUUUAUCAGAUACUGAAAUCAUUGAAAUAUUUGUUCCAACUAUUCUUAGAUUAGCUUCUGCUGAAAAUUUUUCGGCAAAGGUAUCUGCAUGCGCGCUAUUUUCCCAUGCGUAUCCUAGGAGUGGGGAAUUACAAGAGAAUUUAAGACAGAUAAUUUUUGAAUUAAGCCGUGAAGAUGUGCCAAUGGUUAGAAGAGCUGCAUUGAUUGAAAUGGGGAGAAUUGCUAACUCCCCCCUCCGCAAGCGAACAAAACCAUUGGAAAAAAAUCUAUUAUUUUCCUAAAAACCCACUCUCUGUGAGCGUUAUAAUGAAAUCUCUAUUUAUUCUGUUUGAUUUUAAACAGCUUGCAGUUUAAGUUUAAUUUUUACUUCUCAAUUUUUACAAAUUUUUUAAAAAAAAUUACUAUAAAAUUUAUAUAUAAAUUUUUUUAAAAAAAAUUACUAUAAAAUUUAUAUAUAAAUUUUUUAUAAAAAAAAAUUAACCCCUCUUCAUGAGCGAACACAAUUUAUUUAUUCGCUCACAGAGGGGAGAGCAAGGCAAUUGAAAAAGAUUAUUUAUUUACUGAAAUUGUUCCAAAAUUAAGAAAACGAGCCGAAGAUGAGCAAGACCAAAUAAGAGCAUUAUGUAUUGAAAGCUUAAUCGAAAUAAUCAAGCUCUUAAAUGAAGAAGAAAAUAAACUAUACUCUUUGCCAAUUAUUCAUUUGAUUGGGGAAGAUAAGUCAUGAAAGGUUAGAUUUUCCUUUGCCAAGCAUUUUCCUACACUUGUAGAAGUUUUAGGAAAAGACAUAACAGAAAAUUCUUUACUUCAAACUUUUGUUCGCGUCUUGCAAGAUAUAGAAUCAGAAGUAAGAGCAAUUGCAUUACUGUCACUCAAAAAUACACUCCACACAAUUCCAACAGAAAAAAUACAAAAUCUAAUUUUUCCAAUCCUGGAAUCCACUUUUAGAGAUGAAAGCUCAACACCAAAUGUCAAGAAAAACUGUACAGAAGUUAUCUUUGUAAUAGCUAGUUAUGCAGAAAAGGAUUUUUCUUAUGCAAAAAUAGCCCCGCUGUGCUUUGAUUUGGCAAAUGAUGAGAAUUAUGAAAUCAAGCUAACAAUGAUUGAAGGGCUUGGAAAUAUUGCCAAAGCUAUUGGUCCAGAGUUUCUUACCCCACCAUUGUGCGAAUCUUUAUUAAGGCUAGCUAAAGAAUCCCCACAGUGAAGACUAAGAGAAUCUGUAUAUAAGUGUUGUGUGUCUAUAGCAAAGUAUUUAGGUGGUGGGGUAUUUAUCGAGCUACUUCAGCCCAUUUUUUUUAACUUUCUCAGUAAAUAA